UUGGCACGAGUCGUCGAUUUGUUUUCAUUUCAUUACAUAAAGUAGAAAAUAAAUUUAAUCGGAAGUAAAUAAAUGGUAUCAUUUUUUAAUUACUUUGUUUCCCAAAAUCAUGCAAGAUGCGACAACCAAUUCUUCAGAAAUUAAAUCAACGUCGCACGAAGUAGUACUGUCUGAUGAUGAACGCAAAUAUCGAUUCCGAGCCGCUGCGUUUUUGGCAGGAGUAGCCGGUAUUUCGAUGAUUGCCGGUUUUGGUAAGACCAUAAUGUCCGCUAAAAAAUCGGAUCCUCAGUUCUUUGAAAAAGGUAUCCACGGUAGUAUUGCUAUGCGAGAAACCGGAGCUAGUCUUGCAUUGAGAGCGCUCGGUUGGGGAUCACUGUAUGCCGUCCUAGGGACUGGCACCAUCUGCUACGGAAUUUGGAAAAUGUCGGGUGCCACAAAUAUGCAAGAAUUUCGAGAAUCGGUAGGACGUGUAUUCCCAAAAGUACCGAAAAACGACCCUCCCAGAAGUAGAACUGAAUUCGACGGACUUACUGAUCUCAUGCAGUACUUAUCGACAUGGAAAAAAGAGGAGAAAUAAUAUGCUCAUUUAUUUUUUUAACAUUAGUUUUAUUUGGGCGCCAUCUUGUAAAUAUAUAGUCAAACAUUAACAAAAUUUAAAA